UGAGCAAGAAACGUCAAGCCAGCAUCUUGGUGAUACAAUAGAAAUUGAAAAAAGUAGAAAAUAAUAGCAAGCAGAAGAAAAAACAAAAACACGAUAUACUACUAGAAUGGAUCCAGAAAUUGAUGAAGAUCUUACGCCUGAGCAAAUCGCCGUUUUGCAGAAAGCCUUCAAUAGUUUUGAUCAUCAAAAAUGUGGCAGUAUCUCGACUGAUAUGGUGGCCGAUAUCUUACGUUUGAUGGGUCAACCGUUCGAUAAAAAGAUUUUAGAAGAACUCAUCGAAGAGGUAGACGAGGAUAAAUCUGGUCGCUUGGAAUUUGGUGAAUUCGUUCAAUUGGCUGCGAAAUUCAUUGUCGAAGAAGACGACGAGGCUUUACAAAAGGAAUUGCGUGAAGCCUUCCGUUUAUAUGAUAAGCAAGGUAACGGUUACAUACCCACUUCAUGUUUACGCGAAAUCUUAAGAGAAUUGGACGAUCAAUUGACGAAUGAAGAAUUGGAUAUAAUGAUCGAAGAAAUCGAUUCGGAUGGCUCGGGUACAGUAGACUUUGAUGAAUUUAUGGAAAUGAUGACGGGUGAAUAAAUAAAUAAAUAUUAAUAUAUAUAUAUAUCUAUAUAUAUAUAUACGUAUACGUAAAUGUG